AUGCAAAUAAACAAAUACUUGGUCGUGUGCUGCAUUUUACUAGCGAUCUUCGACAAUGUUCAAUGUGGAAAACUGCAUAAAAUACAUAAGAACGACAAAGAGCCGGUAGAAGACACUGAACAACGUGGUGAUAUACAUGCUGAGCAAGAGUACGAGAUUGAAGAUUCGGUCAAGCACAAGGAACAAGUCGAAGAUGUGAAAAGCAGUUUCAGAAAAAUUAAUUAUCCAAACGGUGAUCAUUACGAAGGUGAAUUCAAGAAUGGAGACAAAAAUGGAAAUGGUACUCUGAUUUUUGCCAGUGGAACAACAUACGUUGGCUUGUUCAAGAACGGAGAAUUCAAUGGAAAAGGCAUGAUGACUUGGAAAAAUGGUGAUCGAUACAUCGGUGUCUUUUCUAAUGGUCAAAGAAAUGGUCACGGUAUUUACUACUAUGCGGAUGGAACAAUAUAUGAUGGUACUUUUAAGAACGGGAAGAAAACGGGUAAGGGUACUUUAGUUGAUCCUAAAGGAAACAAAUAUGUUGGCUCGUUCUUGGAUGAUACCUUCAAUGGAAAAGGUGUGAUGACGUACACAGACGGUAACCGUUACGAAGGUGAUUUCGUGAAUGGCAAAAAGCAUGGCUUUGGAACUUUGAAAUUUGCUGCUGAAGGAAUAAAAUAUGUGGGUUCGUUCAAGAAUGGAGAUUAUAAUGGAAAAGAUGGCGAGAGAACUGGACAAGGUAAUUACUAUUAUGCAACUGGAGAGAUGUAUACUGGUUCAUUUCUCAAUGGUAACAUGCACGGGUACGGCGUGUUCAGAUAUCAAAAUGGCGACGUCUUUAAAGGCGAUUGGAAAAAUGGAAAGAAGAAUGGUAAAGGUAAAAUUAUUUAUGGUGAUGGAGAAGUGAAGAAAGGUGUUUGGAAGAACGACAAACAAAUACAAUGA